AUGUGCUCGGAAAUUAGGGUUCUUGAAAGAAACAAUGGUGCACGUAUAGAUACUCUGGUCUAUGACCACAUGAUGGCACACAUAGUCUUUAACACCGAGAUGGAUGCAUCGCUGCCCAGGAGUCUUCCAAUAAACCAGGUGGGAAAUGGUGGAUCGCUUAAGGUGUUUGUCAAUUCCAAGAGAGUGGACUUUGCAUACGAACUUGUGUUUGGAUAUGCCUUGGGUUGCAUCGGGAUCAAGGAGUAUGACUGUAGAGUCUAUUUAUUUGAAGACGCUGAUGACUUAUGUGUGCUAAAGAGCCUCAUAUUUGCAAUUGGCGAGGAGUUCAAUGCGGGAUUAAAGAUUUUCCUGGACGAUGGCAGGGUAAUGAUGUCUCUAGGAGAGAAGAUAAUCUAUGAAACAACCAUAGCUCUAUAG